CGCCCGGCCGCCGCCUCAGUCGGCCGGGAGCGAUCGCCGGCGCGUGUCACGCGUCGCGAUGGUCAACACGAGCUGCGCGGUCUUCCGCUGCGGCUCGACAUCGCACAAGCACAAAGGAGUCAGGUUCCAUCAAUUCCCGAGAGAUGAAAGGUGCUUAAUAUGGAUUCAAGCAUGCAAGAGGGACGAUUUAAAAGGUAAAGACGCUGAACAGCUUCGCCACAUGCAUAUUUGUAGCUUGCAUUUUGAGCAACGUAUGUACGGAAAGCUACUUUUGAAAAAAUCGGCGGUACCCACGCUGAACCUCCCCGCCACUUUGACCAGCGACAGCUCCACACAAACCGAGAAUUAUAACUAUGCACCAUUGCAGGUGUGCACCAGCCAGGGCGUGCAAACGGAUGAUGAGGUAUUUUAUGUCGUGUCCGGAACAGAAACGCCGGCAGCGCUCCCAAUAGACCAGCACUAUUACCAUAACGACCAAAGAAACGACUCCGCAAAGGAAAGCCAUCGGAGUCAGAUGAACGUCGUGGAAGACAAUUCUAAUUUUAUAACGAUGGAGCAAUUUCUGAUGGGAUGCGACGCGUUCUUGCCGGACGGCCUGAACGCUUUGAUCAAAUCUCAUAUCACGUUAUCCAUCGAAUAUAAUGAUAGCAAUUUGCUAUCGUAAAAACCACGCACUGGUUAGCUAUUCUGUAAGAGCCACCUCGGAACUCAAUUCGGAACGCGAUCGUGAGAUGUCAGUAAGUGAUAUGCGACAUUGGCUUAAUGUACCGUUUAAAGGAUCAUAAUAGUAUCAACAUCGGUUUUCGAUAUUUCUCGAGUGAAAUACGAAGUGAGUUCUUAAAGAAUAGCGCGGCAAAUCUUUAAAAAUUAUUGUAUUUGUUAUGAGUGUUAUCGUUACCUCGUUUUAAUUGCAUUUAUAUUAAACGGUUUUAAAGUUUGAUUCCAAAUGAAGUGUUUGUUUGUAAUUAAAACUGAAUAAUUUUUCAUUGUGUCAACGAAAUAUCAUCAAUUUACCUAACUAAUUACUAUUGUAAGAGUUACCUAUUUAUUUUAGAUUUACUUAGAAUUACGAAACCUAUUAUUAAUUUAUGUUUUAUGAUCUCGCAACAAAAAUGAAUUUAAA